UGACAAUAUUGGAUAGCACAUAUCAAUUUCAGUAUGCGGGCAGUUAAAGAUUACGCUAUCGGCGCGUAAAUUGUAGUAUGCUGAAAUGAAAACACAAAAGUUGGCGUCACAUCGGGAGUCUACUAACAAGUCGAAGGAAAGAAUAAAAAACAAGAAACGUCUCGCGACAGGAUUAGAUAAUGUCGCUAGUAGCAAUAGUACAUGUCAUACAGUCGUAACUUCGUCCAAUCGCCACGACCCUUUGGCGCACAUCAUUCGUCUUUCAAGUAAUCUCAAAGUACCUCGUUCUCCAAAGCGCCAUUUAUGCGACAUGAUCCACGUUGAGCACUACGAAAAUGGUGGUGGUUAUGCUUUGCAUUCUUAUGCUGAUGAGUUAGCUCACCUUACGGCGGAUGAGUUGGCUUUGUUGGCUCGAAAAUAUUUCAAGAUAUUAUUUACCGAAAGACGAAAAAGAGGCAUCCGUGUUCCUUUUUCCCAUUACUGCAUAGGUGUUGUCCAUGGAGCUGCGAGAAGGAUGCCGGAACUGUUGUCAUAUUUGUCAUCUGCCUAUCCUAAUCUCAACGUCUCGACAAAUCCCCUAGAACAGAAAAACGCAACGGAAACUUUAUCUCUUUCACAGUAUGUAAAAAACGUUCAGAAAACUUACGCAAACGGCAUCUAUCGGUUUGGGCCACUGCAUGCAUUGAGUAUUGUUGGUGUUAAAGGUGAGGAACGUGGUUUUUUUGACAAGAGUCUGAUUGAGAUGAUUGAAAAAGACCCAUUCCUAAAACUUGUAACACCAUGGGGUGUCUUAUCAAGUUUAAGUGGGAUGGACCCUCGAGAAAGUAAUGAUGGGCCUAUUCUGUGGUCUCGUCAUGGAGAACAAACUAUUCCUUUAUUUCCAACUACCAUGCGUGGCAGGAGACGUGUUAUCAAUGGUUGUAUUACAGACGUGGUUAUUGGUCGCCGCGCACUUGGUGGGCGUCAGAUAGCGGUUCAUGACAGGACUAAUUGCCAUGCUGACCACGCAGACGAUGGGCUGUCUCGUCAUACUACAGCAGCUGUAGGUUUACUAAAGGCGGUGUAUCCCCAUCGAUCUGGAGAGGAAUCAGAAUUGCCCUAUUCAUCUUCCUGUCCCCUUCAUUUCGAGGAUGCUAAUGGUGAUUUAAAUUCUAACACAAAUCCAUACGCAUACAAACUAAACCAACCUGCUAGAAUAGUCAAAGAUGUGGUUGUAUUUGAUCCACGUCAUUAUGUUGAUCUGAUUGAACGAUUACGCCUAGAUAUUAUGGAACCUCCCGCAAGCCAGUGUGGGUCAUUUUGGGCGGAUGAUGGUGAGCUUAAUCAGCUACAUUCCGAAGGCUUUCGUUAUGUUCGCCUGCCUCUUCGUGAUAAUGAUAUAUAUUUUAUCCCACGAAAUGUUAUACAUCAAUUCAAAUCUGUUUCAGCUGUAUCAAGUAUUGCAUGGCAUGUUCGUUUAAAAAAUUAUUACGACCAAUUACAACAUGAUGAUACAAGCGGGAUGUCUGAACAUAAUGAUUCUGAUCUAAAAAAUCUCGAUCAUGCCUAUCAGUCGUCUGAAUCCAUCAAGUCAACAUCUGAGUUAUCUGUCCCUAACGAUAUAAACACUAACAGUAACUUAAAGAAGUCACCUGAAAGUAUCCAUUCAUCAGCUAAUGAGUUAGCUAGUUGAAACCCACUCAUAAUUUCUUGUAUUUUGUUUUAAUUGUUGAUAUCUCAUUGUUUUUUUGUAAAAUAAGUCUAAUAUGGUUCGACUUUAUAUUCAUCGUUUGUUUUAUUCUUAAUGUUGCUGUUAAAUAGCUGUGUAUGCGUGUGUCACUUUUCACUGAACUCAUUUGCAAUAUAAUAUCUUCUUUACAUGCCAUUUAAUUCUAGUUGUUUCUCAUUACUGUGAUUCCAUAUCUGCUAGUUUAUUUCCUUUUCUACUUGGAUAAGUGUAUCCAGGCACCUAAAAUCCUUUUGUAAUAAUAUGAAAUUGUUAUUUAUUUCAUGGGUUCCAGUUUGUUUUGUUUGCCUUAUCAUGUUUAAUUUUUCUUAUUCUGAUUUUUGUUUCUCUCUUAUGUUUCUACUUUCUGUUUGUUUUAAAAUGUGAAGUAAUUUUACAAGUUUUCAUCACGAGUUGCAUAAGUUGAUGUAAAAUAAUCCAUUCCUAGCUUCUUUCUUUA